UUGAUUUUGACAUUCGGGAGAAGAAAUGAAUAAGAGAGAGGGUAUUUGAUCCACAAUUGGGGAUGGAUGGUAUAAAAACCACUUGCAUUCAUCAACAAGAAAACACGCAUGAACAUGUCUCUCAAAGAAUCAAAUGCUUAAAUUCAGGGCACAAAUUAACCCCUUCGUCCUAUUUUACCUCCCACAUGCCGUCCCUUUGAUCUCCGAUUGCCGCCUUCCUCAACCUGCAUUUCCCAGCCUUGACUCCUGUAUGGUGUUUGAUUGAUCUCAUCGAGGCAGUUUUAUGCUCACGAGACAUACAAAUUAAAGAGCUACCCUUGGUGUGCUCAAUCAAAUACAUGCCAUUUUGGGGGUAAAGGUUUGGUUCCGAAUGCAGGCAUGGCUGCCUCAAAUGGAUUCAUGCAUAACUUAUCUACGGCUGCCUGCGAAUGGUUCUUGAUGUUUCUAAUGUUUAUCGAUGCUGCGUUGGGUUUUAUCCUCACAAAGUUCGCUCAUCAUUGUGAACUACAAACACCUUGCCUGUUUUGCAUGAGGCUUGACCAUGUUUUCAGUAGAGAAAACCCUGGAUCCUAUCUAAGCUUGUUCUGCUAUCAUCAUCGAGCUGAGAUAUCAUGUUUGAUAUCUUGUGACCUUCAUGAGAAGCUUGUGGAUGUCCGUGAACUAUGUGAUGAUUGUUUCAUGUCAAUAAUGAACCGAAACCAGUGUAACCAUGGAUCUUCCAAGGGUAAAAUGGGAAUCAAAGGGUUUCAAAAGCCGUUUCUGAACCGGAACCUUGUUCGUGGGCCUUCAAAUUCAGGAACCUGUUCAUGUUGUAAAAGACAUUGGAAUGGAAAACCAAGUUCCAGAAGAUUAAUCCAACCAGGUCCAGCCCCAUUGGGUGGUGGGCCCACAGUCACCAUGAAACCACCAUUGCCAAGGAUCGCAGGCCACAGCCGCUAUCGUCGCCGGAAUGUUUUCAAGAGGGAUGGUGAUAGAAUUUCAGGCACCUCCACUCCUUGCCAUGUUGAAGAUACUCUCAGUGUGGAUACUGAUUUGGACUUGGAUGCUUUAUCUGAUUUCGGUUGUGCUGAUUAUAGGUUGAAUUCCGAUUCCGACUCUGAGUUCUCGUUUUAUGAAGAGGACGACACUUUGAAACCUGAAGUUCUUGGAAGAAAAGCAGAUUCCGGAGAUGUUUCUUCUGUUAGAAAAGGGGAUUCCAGGGAUGAUCUUUCUGUUAGAAAAGAGGAUUCCAGGGAUGAAUGUAUUGUUAGAAAAGGUGAUUCCGAGGAUGAAUCUAGUGUUAGAAAAGGGGAUUCCGUGGUUCGAACAAAACCUUCAUCUUUGAGAUCCGAUGCUUCAAUUGAAGAAAACAAGUCUAGGGCUAUUUCUAUAACAUCAAGGGGACAAGAUGUGAAUACUACUCAUGUUGAUGAUGUGAAAGAAAACGGUUCUAUUCAUGAUAAAUCAUUAAAAUCCGAUAACAUUCUUGAUCAUGAGUCGGAUAAAAGUGAUGGAUAUGAAUCUCCAGAUGCAAGCAAUGUUAGUGAAUAUAAGGGUGAAGGUGUUGUGGAAAAGCUAAAACGACAGGUGGAGGGUGAUCAACAACGGUUGCAUUUAUUACAUAAGGAACUAGAGGAAGAAAGAAAUGCUGCAGCCAUAGCAGCAGAUGAGGCCAUGGCCAUGAUCACAAGGUUGCAGGAAGAGAAAUCAUCUUUGCAUAUGGAGGCUUUGCAGUAUUUGAGAAUGAUGGAUGAACAAGCAGAGUAUGAUAUGGAAGCUCUAGACAAGGCUAAUGAUCUCAUUGCUGAUAAAGAUAAAGAAAUUCAAGAUCUGGAAGCUGAGUUGGAGUAUUUCAGAAGCCGAUAUGAAGAUGAGUUAAUGGGGAACAACACCACGAUUCAAACCCAAAAUCAUAUAAAAAAUGGGAACUCAAAGUCUCCUGCUUUAGGGCUUGAAGAUGAGAAAAAAUACAUUUUACAGAGUUUAUCAGAGUUAGAGAAAAAGUUUAUGUCGAAUGGUAAUGUAGAAAGGGUAAAAAAGGAAGAUGAAAAUGGGAGACAUAUGUCGAAUGGAUUUGACGAUAGUACCCUUGAGAGUGAAAUUUUGGAACUUAAUGAGAGGUUGAAAGCACUUGAGGCUGAUAAGAGUUUUAUUGAGCAUGCGUGUAAUACCCUUACCCUUCAAAGUAAUGGGGGAUUAGAAUUUAUUCAAGAAAUAGCUCAUCACCUACAUGAUUUGAGGAGGAGUAGGUUUGAAUUUGAUCAUACAACAUAGAAGAUGCCAAUCUGUUGCUUCAAGAUGUCAAUCCUUCAACAAGAUUAAGAUGCAUGUGGAAACGCUUAAUUUGUCAAGAAUCAACACAAAAGAAGCGGAGAUUGAUGAAUUUUGCAUCAAGAAAAAGUUGGAACCAAGUUAUGAAAGGCCUUUAUCUUGUUUAGUGUUCCAUUCAGCUGUAUGUUUGUUUAUACGAUUAAAAAAAUGUAUUUGUUAGUUUGUAUAUUCUUUAAAAGAAAAGAUAGUCAUUUUUUUGUUUUAUCCAGUGUUCUCCAUAUCUUAGUAUCAGGCUUCUGUCAUAUAUAGGAUGAUUAUGACAUUUGUACACAAAUGCUUUCUUUUUGAUAGGGAAUCUAAAGUCUUUCUUGAGUGAA